AUGGUCGCCAUUCUCGGCAAAGAUAUCGGCCCUAUUGGCUACGGCAUGGGCAACCUCACCUCCCCCCCUAGAGUAGCUCCCGAAGAUCAGGCAAUCGAGUGCCUUCGCACGGCCGCCGAACUGGGCUGCCUUGCCUGGAAUGCGGGCGAGUUCUACGGUCCGCCAACCCACAAUUCCCUAGUCUUACUCAAUCGUUUCUUCGCCAAGUACCCCGAGUAUGCGAACCGGGUCCUUCUGAACGUCAAGGGCGCCAUGGAGAACUACACGCCAAACGGGUCCCCCGAGUUCGUGCGCAAGAGUGUGGACAACUGUCUCGCGCAGCUUGGCGGCAAAGGAAAGAUCGACAUGUAUGAGUGUGGCAGGCGGGAUACGAGAGUCCCGAUGGAGACGACGCUGAACACGCUCAAAGAGCUGGUGGAGGAGGGCAAGAUAGGGAGCGUGGCCCUGACCGAGGUCAAUGCGACGACCAUUCGCGAGGCCGCCAAAAUUGUGAACAUCUCCGCUGUGGAGAUCGAACUGUCGCUCUGGAACACCGACCCGCUGCGCAAUGGCGUUCUCAGCACCUGCGCAGAACUUGGGAUUCCCGUAUUUGCAUAUUGCCCUCUUGGCCGCGGCUUUCUGACCGGAAAGCUCAAUUUCGAGGACAUCCCCGAAGGAGACUAUAGGCGCAUGCUUCCGAAAAACCAGCCUGAAAACCUGAAGAAGAAUCUGCAGCUUGUGAAACAGGUUGAGACGCUCGCGGAGAAGAAAGGAUUUACGACGGCACAGGUGGCCCUGGGAUGGAUCCUUGGGCUCUCAAAGCAGGAGGGGAUGCCACUCAUUGUCCCAAUUCCUGGAACAUCAUCUCCAGACCGUGUGCGUGAGAAUGCUGCAGCAGCGGCGCUUGCAGACGAUGAGAUGAAGGCUGUGGAAGCCAUUCUAUCGUUGAACCCUGUGGUUGGCGACAGGUACCAUGCACAUGGCAUGAAGCUCACCGACUUGUGA